CGACAGAAUUGAAAUAGUAUAUCGAGCUGCACGGUAAACACCACACCAUGGGCGCACAGUACUUAUGGCAAGCCUUCAAUAGCGUAGUGUGAACAGUGGGGGCAAGAGAAUGAAGCGGUAACAAACAUCGUAUAUACGUAUAUGAUUAUGAUUUGAGGACCCGCAUAUUACCAAUAAUUAUUAGUUGAUGUCUUUGCAAUUAGAUCGAAAAUUGCCUGUCUGUGCGAUGGAAACUAAUAGUGCGCGUGCGGAGGCACGCCAUCUUAAAGCACAACUCGAUGAAUGUCUGGGGCCAAAGGCUGAGCGAUACUGGAAGCUGUGUAGAGAGUUUCACACAGAAAACACACUGACGAAGAGAUCAUUCGAUGAGAGUGUCAGUACUUUACUCAGGGAUGUGGCCAUUAGUGUAACUGAUAUGACUGUUAGUGAUGAGAAGGGUCGAUCUGGUAUGGAUAUAAGCACAAAAGAUAGGGGUGGAGAUGCACAGCAUCCCGAUGUAGGUAAGGACAAUACGGAGGAGGAGGAAGGGAGUAUGGUAGAUGGAAAGGCGCUACACAACCGAUUUGUUAUGGCCGUAUUGAAGAGUGCACUGAUAUCACAACAGAAUUACAGACAGCGAGCUACUGAUAUGCAAGAGGGCUCUAAGAGAAGACUGCUCGACAAUUCUUCCAAAACUGUAAUUGAAAUGAAUGACGCGACCAAAGGAAGCUGCAAGAAACGGAGGAAGAUGUCACAGGGAGAAUCUACUGCUGGGGCCUCUCCUUUGCGUAUUAGACUGCCAUUCACGCCUGCAACUGGUCAUAAGAGCGAAGAUUUUUCCUCCGCAAUACCCCACACUGGGCUGAACGGUGCGACAUCAGCGUCGUCGAGAGGGUCUGGGAAGAGUAUAGCGAAUGACUCUGGGAGCAGCAACAAGACUGGCGCCGAAGUCAAAAGGACUAAAAGCUCGCUGAGUACGCACAAAAAUGGCACGAAUGGAGGUGCCAGUGCUACCAAAGGAACCGUACUAGCCGGUACCGCUGAUGCGUCGUUUGUUGGGUCGAUCAAGUCAAGCCCUCAGUCCCAACGUAUCAAACCCGAGCCUGCCACAACAUCACUGGAUAAUGGGGGUGCCAAACAGCUGAGUUUGUCUCACACAGCAGGCAGUGGUGGUACAGGUGGACAGACUUCAACUGAUACUUCGACCCGUGAUGGAGAUUGCCUACCGGGGAACGGAACGGCCGCUGCGAUAACUAGCACGAACACAAGUAGUGUUGGUGGUCUGGGAACAUCAGCUAGUUCGGACUUAAGUACGGCGCUAAGUACUGUGCCAUUGGCGACUGCUUCCCCUGCUCCACCUACACCUGAGUCUACGACUAAUACUACCGUGCCUACAAAAAGUGGGGGCAAGCGCAAGAAGCCGGCCAACAAACAAAUAGGCGGGAAAGGUGGUGGAAAAGGCUCGGCAAACAAACAAAUAGGCGGGAAGGGCGGUACAGGUAAGCAAGUAAGCGGAAAAGGGGGGGGCGAAGGGUCCUCUCAAAGCGGUGCGCAAGCGGGAAGUAAAAGCGCCGGGAAAUGCUCGGGGAAGGGGAAGGAAGCAGAGAUCAUUGGUAGUACCCGUGACAGUAUAGUGAGUUCCAUAAGUGCUAGUACAAUUCAGCGCCCCGUCUGCGACCGAGAGAGCUUUGUCAUGGCAGCCGAAGCGUUUGGGCCAGUCGCAGACGCUGGUGGCAGAUUCGUGAGUGUGCCGGUGAAGAAUAGUCUGAUCGAUAUACUCAAACCUGAGAAGCGUGUGACGACGAGUGAAGCCUCGUUGCUGGAAGCGUUGCACACAAAGGAUGGAUUCGUCACACUCAGAGACUCGCUCCCAAAGCGCAGUCAAGCUUCAAAAUUGGGACUUGAUGAAGCAGAUCCUACCACUACUAAUUCUACACUAAACACCUCGACUCUACCGUCAGCUACGGUGUCCAAGAAUGGUACAUCGUCCACUUUGUCACUGAAUGUGCCGCCCAAAGGCAACCCUGGUGAUCCUUCAAAUAAGCAACCGAGGCCACCGGAUGCAACACCCAUCCCUGGUAAAGGCACGAAUGCGAACUCGGCAGUAAUUAGUAUAAGUAAAACAAAGAAGGAAGGUGAGCAGCCGAACGGCUCGGCAGACGAGAUCACGCAACAGGAAGUGUUGGAAAUGCUUACCAACAAAAGACAUAUACCCGCGCCAUGGCAGGAUCAGGCGGACGCGCAAUUGGCUUACAAGUACGCGCAAAUAACAGCAGCGGAGGGAAAGGUCACCGAACGGUUGGCUGGCAAUCCACGAUCGCUUGCGCCAGCCAUUUCCGCGUUGGAGCGCGAGAGGGAGAGGGCAAGGCUGAUGGAGCGGGAUAGGAAACAAGCUAUCCAGGAUGAGAAAGAUGAGCUUCUUUUGUGCACCGAUACACUGGUCAUACCGGGGAGGGGUAGCAAGGCUCUCAUCAAGCGCAUGCAGGCGAUGGCUGUGCAGAAUGGGCUGGCAGGCGGGUGCGAUGAUGCUGCAUUCGGCGUUAUGGCGGAUGCUGUACGAACGCAUCUGAAAACCAUCAUGCGGUCGUGUCUAUCACUGAAGGUGAAGGCUAUGAACGAUAUCGGCGUGAGUCGUAUGGAGCGCCUGUACAGACCCGCGCGGUGUGCACGUGCGUUUACACGCAGCAGCUAUGCGGAAAAGGGCGGGGCGACUGGUAGUAUGGAGGACGUGAGUGCUGCGUUCAACAGCACAGAUUUAGGUGGCACUUCUGGCCUGGGGGGUAUCGGAGUGGAUGAUAUGGGAUUGUUAGGAAACAUGUCAGACGUCGGUCUUGGGCUGGAUCUUAGCGACGUGUCUAUGGGCGGAUUUGACAUGGAAACCAUAAACAUGAGCCUUGGAAUGGGUCUGGGCAUGGGAUUGGGUAUGGGGAUUGAGCCGAACGCAGGGUUGAAUAUAGGCGUCAGUAAUAUGGGACUUAGUAAUAUGGGGUUGGGGGAUAUGGGGACUUUCAACGGUGUUGGUAUGGGGGUCGGAUUGGGUGGAAUAAACGCGUAUGGCGGUGUGGAUGUAGGACUAACCAAUAAUUUGUCGCAUAUGUCGAACACUGGCAGCUUGAGUGCCCUGGAUGGUCUGGUGAGUAUCCCGGGGCAAGGUCUGGGUGCGAUGAAUAAUCCAAGUAAUAGCAGUGGGGGUUCUGGUUUGCAAGUUGGUUUAGAUGGGGGUUUCGUCGGCAUGAACUUCUCGUCCGAUUAUAUGAAUACUAAUAUUCCCUUGUCCGCGAACGGUAGCAACGACACCAUGUAUAUGUCUACUCUUGGCGACGGACAAAUGGGUAAUCUGAGGCUGAGUGACACAGCCAACACCAGUAUGAGUGGUUUAAAUACAAAUUAUGACUCGCCAGCUAGUUCGACCAGCCCUGUCCCGCCAUCUAACAUGCCUACUAAAAGCCCUCAGACCUCGCUGCUGAGCUUGGGCGGGGUGGGGGCAUCGAACCUGGAUACAAUUAGAAAUAUGAGUGCGGCGAUGCAGAUGAACAGCACCAACAUCAAUCUGAGCACUUCACGGGACAACCGCGGUAAAGCGCUCAGACACGCCAGUACUCAGCCCUCGAUCUUCGCGGAUGGGUCUGCACUGGAUGGCUUGACCUACGGUACCCCUUCUGCCGACACCAGCGGUGUCAUUAGUCGGAUGGGUAGUCUCAAUCUGCAACGUAGUAAUAGCAUGUCGCUCUCUACCGCCAUGCGCCUGAACCCUGGCAGUAUAGGCAAUACAGUGACAACACCUGCAGAGCGGGCCCUGUCGUCAUUCGGCAGUGCCGGUGUGGGUGGGUUUGGACUUAGUGAGGGUCUGAGAUUUGAUAGCAUUAAAUCUGCGACCGGAACAGUCACAUCUACUGGUGUAAAUAAUGCGGAUGGCAACCUUAACACCACCGCAGGUGUUGGAUUUCAGUCGCAGUCACCGAUGCUGGAUCUGGGAAGAAUCAGUAUGAGCGGUAGCACGAACCCUUCCACACUUGGCCUGGCAUCUACAGCGGGGUAUUUCCACUCCCCUAAUCCACCCUCGCCCAACCAGUUUAAAAGCACAAACAGCAUCGUCACCGGCAAUGUGACAUCGUUGAGCGUGAGUAUGCCAGGUUCUAACCAUGCCGACAAUACAACACUGUUUUCUCCGACGCCCUCAAGUACAUCAGCCAACAGUGGAGGCGCGGGUGUAAUCAAUAGUGGACUGGAGAAGAAUGCCACGAUGGGAUAUACGACCUCGUCCAUAAUAGCAGGAAUUACACAGACUCCAACAAAUACACCAAACAGUGAAGAGGCCAAGAACAAUGAUGAUGAGAGAAAUUCUGAAGGUUGGGGGCGUUUACAACCCGUCGGACCUAUCUGCCUCGAAGAUCUGCUGUCCACUUUCCAAGUAUAUCCGCAUCUGCGUGGUGACAAUCAAUUGAGUUGCGAGCGACUUCUUUCACAGCUGUGGCAAGUAUGAUGGAUGUCUAAUCCAUCAGCGCUCAAGACAUCUACCUACAUCAUAGAACUCGGGCGGGAGCUUGCUCGCUGUCAUACUACGGGACUACCGGCAGGCAAAAUUGGAGAUGCUCAGAACAAUCAGAAUACGAAGUGGCGAUGGUCUCGCUUUUGUCCUACUAGUCGUCUGGACUUAGCUGUCGUAUCUUCAACCCAUAUUUUCAAGGUGCUGUGAUGAAUGCCAACAUGACCCUAUUUUCAUUAGAUCCGCAGACACGCUGAAGGUUCUCCCUGAAAUCGCAUAGCGCUGUUGCACUUGCAAAUGCCUGCUAGACAAAGUAGUGAAACAUCGUUCGCGCAACCGCUUUAAACUCAUACCAUAUACCUUUUUGAAUCGAUGGCAUAACUUUACGAACCAGUCGUCGCUUUACGAUACUUUAAAGUUGCGAAUGUGCAUCCAGUGCAAAAUCUGCUCAAAGAUGCUGCACCGACAGUCGCAUGGCGUGUGGCAAGCAGUAUACUAUUAUAUUGACAACUAAAUAAAAACUGACAGCAAAUGCAUUAUUGGAUAGUAUAUGUGUACGACGCAGAGUAUACAUAGACCUAUGAAUCACGCAAUUUGCUAAUAAUCUAG